CGGUAAUGACGCAAUCGGUGUGUAAUACGCAUGUCCAGCUGUGUCUGACUGUUCAGGAAGCUCAGAGCUCAGUGACAGCGGCGGACGUUCUAUUAUUCGGGUUCUGUUAGCUGUUCGGUUCCAUGCCCGGGCUCUGGUGGUUCUCUAUAUCGGUUCUGGUUGUUUUUGUCGCCGUUUUGUAUCAGCUUGAAAACUCACCCAGCGUGGAACCACCCAGGUAUCAUUAACCUCUUUCCUUCCCGUGCUCUAAACAUUAACCCUUUCUUUCCAAUACCCGCCCUUCCCAUGCUCUGACCAUUAACCCUUUAUUUCCCUUGCAUCAGCCAUUAAUAGCUGCCCUUCCCAGUCACUGUGCUUUACCUGCACUCAUUAUUAACCCCUCUCUCCUACCCAGCAUUACCUGCACUCAUUAUUAACCCCUCUCUCCUACCCAGCAUUACCUGCACUCAUUAUUAACCCCUCUCUCCUACCCAGUAUUACCUGCACCCAUUAUCAACCCCCUCUCUAAUACCCAGCAUUACCUGCACCCAUUAUUAACCCCCUCUCUUAUACCCAGCAUGGCCUGCACCCAUUAUUAACCCCCCUCUCUUAUACCCAGCAUGGCCUGCACCCAUUAUUAACCCCCUCUCUUAUACCCAGCAUGGCCUGCACCCAUUAUUAACCACCUCUUUAAUACCCAGCAUUACCUGCACUCAUUAUUAACCCCUCUCUCCUACCCAGUAUUACCUGCACUCAUUAUUAACCCCUCUCUCCAACCCAACAUUACCUGCACCCAUUAUUAACCCCUCUCUCCGACCCAACAUUACCUGCACCCAUUAUUAACCCCUCUCUCCUACCCAGCAUUACCUGCACUCAUUAUUAACCACGCUUUCCUACCCAGCAUUACCUGCACCCAUUAUUAACCCCCUCUCUUAUACCCAGCAUGACCUGCACCCAUUAUUAACCCCCUCUCUAAUGCCCAGCAUUGCCUGCACCCAUUAUUAACCCCCUCUCUAAUACACAGCAUUACCUGCACCCAUUAUUAACCCCUUCUCUAAUAACCAGCAUUACCUGCACCUAUUAUUAACCCCUCUCUCCUACCCAGCAUUACCUGCACCCAUUAUUAACCCUCUCUCCUACCCAGCAUCCAUUAUUAACCCCUCUCUCCUCAUUAUUAACCCCUUUCUUUUUACCCAGCAUCCAUUAUUAACCCCCUCUCUCCUCAUUAUUAACCCCUUUCUUUUUACCCAGCAAUAAUAAUUAAUACUUACAGGAUGGCAAAUGACUUCAAUACUAAAGAAGAGGACUACAAAAAGCUUAACAAGUCCUGCUUCAUUCUUGGGGCCACAGGAGAGACUGGCCAGGAGCUGCUGAAGGAAAUUAUUCAUCGCCAACUCUUCAGUAAAAUCACCGUCAUUGGCCGCAGGAAGCUGCCUUUGGAAGACGAGGCCUAUAAGGAUGUGGUAGGUAUUUUCUCUUAAUUUACAUCUGUUAUGGAGCCAGUUUAUUAAUAUUAGAUUAAGAGGUAGAAAAGUGGAGAGAAAAAAAAACCUCUUCCUAAACACUGACAAAACUGUCACAAUGAUCUUUGGAACAGUACCUAAAUUACACAAAUUACACAAUUCCCACCUAUCCAUUAAAACAAAUUAAAAUAGCACACUGACCGCAGUCCACUCUUUCAAAUACUUGGGUAUGUUAGACCCCAAUCUAUCUUUUGGCCUCCAGAUAGAAAAACUUGCAUCUAAACUUUAUCCAAAACUAGGUGCCCUAUAUAGAAACAAAUCCUGCCUAAGCCCUACACUGAAGGAAAAGAUUGUACAGCAAAUGCCGAUGCCAAUCAUUGAUUAUGGGGAUGUAGUAUAUGCAUCUGCACCGCAAUCCCACCUUAAUAAACUCAAUACAUUGUAUAACUCGUUCUGCCGAUUUGUGCUACAAUGUAAUUACAGGACCCACCAUUGUGAUAUGCUAAAAGAACUAAACUGGCUGUCGCUAGAAUCCAGACGCACCCUUCAUCUUUCCAGCCUUGUGUAUAAGAGCUUUUCUGGGAAGCUCCCGCCCUACCUGAACAGAAUGCUCUCCCCGGCUGUUCCCACCUCCUAUAACCUCCGAUCCAGUACCAGCACUUUAUUUAGUCUACCUCAAUACAAAAACAAAGCCGCCCGAUCCUCCUUCUCCUACAGAGCACCGCAAUUGUGGAACGACCUCCCGCACACUUUCAAAUCUUCCCAAGCCUAAAGUCCUUUAAGAGAUCCCUCUCUACAUAUCUCAAAACAGAAUGCACCUGUCAUGGUUGAUUAUAUAUUUCCUACCUGUUCUAUGUUACAUUGUGUAUAUAUUGUGUAUUAAUAUUGUUUUUGCAUUUUAUUGUAUCCUAUUGUAACAAUGCAAUGAUUUGUGGACCCAGGACAUACUUGAAUAUGAGAGAAAUCUCAAUGCAUCCAUCCUGGUAAAAUAUUUUCUAAAUAGAUAAAUAAAUAAUUAAGAGAUUAUUACAGGUAUAUGCAGCCCUGAUGAUUUCUGAAGCUGAUAUUCAGAGUUUUCACAAUGGGAAAAAUCCCAUAAGAAGAAAAAUAAAACUUUUAUAUAACUAAAAAACUAUGUAUAAAAUUAAUAAUAGUUGUAAAACCCAGGUCCCCAUAACAUUAAUAUUUAUAUUAUUACAAAUAACAAAACCCCAGGCCAUAUAGGAUGAAUACAUAUAUUAUUACUUAAAAGGACACACAAAGCACCGUAAAAAAACUUUAUCUUAAUUAUGUAGUUGUGGGAUAGAUCAUGCCCCUGAAGUCUCACUGCUCAAUUCUCUGCCAUUUAGGAGUUAAAUCACUUCUGUUUCUGUUUAUGCAGCCCUAGCCACACCUCCCCUGACUGUGACUGACACCGUCUCCGUGAAUAGACGGUUUUACUUUUUAAUCAAAUGUUAACUUCUUUUAGAAGUUUUUAUCUCCUGCUCCAUAAAUUGAACUCCCGCACAGGAGGAUCAUGCAGGCUCUAGCAGGCUACCAACAGAGCAGGAGAUACGGAAUUCUAACAGACUGUGCAAUAAAGGAGGUUUAUAGAGCUUUCUUUACAGGAAGUUUUUAGGAAGGCUGUGUAAGUCACAUGUGGGGAGGUGUGGCAAGGGCUGUACAAGCAGAGUGAUUUAACUCCUAAAUGGCAGAGAAUUGAGCAGUGAGACUGCAUGGGGCAUGAUCCAUACACCAAAACCACUUCAUUAAACUAAAUGUGUUUUGCUGCUUAGAAUUUCCCCGUAUGGUUAAAAUCUUUAUAGGUUUAUAUUAUACUAACUGUAAUACACCAGUCACCAUUAGAUGUAAUACUUAUUUUAAAUACAUGUUUUAUACAGUAGGUUUAAUAAAGAUAAUGUUACAAAUAUCAAAAUUCCAGGUGCCACAGGGUUAAUAGCUAUAAUGUUAUUAAUUAGAAAUCACUGGCAUUAACAGGGUUAAUGCUGGUAAUAUAAAACAUUGACUCCUCUAACCUUUUAUUCUCUCCGCUGUUAACCCAUUAAGGGCACAACUUCUGAAAUAAAAGGGAAUCAUGACGGAAAAUUUCCGUCAUGUGUCCUUAAGGGGUUAAUAAACAGGUUGUGUUUCUGAACAGUGAGUGGGCCAGUCUGUUUCUGUCUCAUUUCUCUCUAAUUAUUGUCUUUUCAGGUGCAAGAAGUGGUUGAUUUUGACAAGUUAGAUGACUCUGCUGCAGCUUUUCAAGGUCACGAUGUGGGUUUCUGCUGCUUGGGAACCACUAAAGCAAAAUCCGGGGAGGUGAGUAGAUUAUUUGGACUUGUUUAACCCCUUAAGGACACAUGACAUGUCAUGAUUCCCUUUUAUUCCAGAAGUUUGGUCCUUAAGGGGUUAAAGUUCCCAGCAUAUAUCUUCAAACCCUCACUGCAACGUCACUACACUGCCCUCCAAUUAAAAUACGUUCUUAUCUCGCACUCCUUAUAUACGGCUCACACAGGAAGACAGACUUAGUUUUAUUCAUAAGUGAGAAUUUAAAGUGAAUCUCAAAGUUAAGGCCAGAGUAGCCGAAGUAAAAGAAUAGCUUACAUAGAGAAUUCUUCGAGUUUGGCUAUUUUGCCCUUAAAAAGACACAAUAGGGGGGCGUGGCCACGCGACGAGCCAGGACGGACGUGUAAGCCGCAAGCUCCCGCACACGAGGCUCUACUCAGCGACUAAAACGGCGAAAUAAACUAAAGUCACGAGCUCCCCUGGGUGUACAAAGAACAUGGCACACCGGGCUACUAAAAAACCCAAACAAAAAACGGCAGACCUGCUGAUAUCGGCACUUACAGCGCCGAGACAAAAAAUCCAAGAUGGCGCCGAUAACCCGUCCUCGCCGGCUUCCUGCUCGGACGGCAGUGACAACACAUCUGUCUCCACACAUGCCUCUGCACCAGCCACAGAUUCUUCCAUACACAGAAUGCUAGAAGAACUCAAAAACUCCAUGCAUAUGGAAUUCACAAAACUGGCAAGAGACAUUAAAGCUGACAUACAUGCCAUAGGUGAGCGUACUGCCCAUCUGGAAGAUAAAACAGAUGAGAUCAUAAGUGCCCAUAACACACUGGCUGAUGCAUAUACUGAUAUAACUGCCAAACUCGAUUUCUUGACAAACAAAGUAACAGACCACGAAGACAGGGACAGAAGGAGCAACGUCCGCAUAAGAGGUAUUCCAGAUGAUAUACCCCCACAAGAUCUGCCGAAAUUCGCAGCGGACCUCUUUCACGCUCUGUCCCCAGAACUGACACAGGCUGAACUCCUACUGGACAGGAUUCACCGCCUCCCGCGGCCAAAGAACCUGCCGGCAUCCCUUCCAAGAGACACUAUAGCAAAAUUUCAUUACUUUACGUCUAAAGACAAAAUCAUGAGGGCCUCAAGACUCCUCCCUGAACUACCAGGCAAAUAUGCAAAAAUACAGAUUUUCACUGACCUCUCUGCGGCCACACUCCUUAAGAGGAAAUCACUGGCACCGAUCACCACGGCUCUGAGAAAGGCUAAUAUUAUCUACAGAUGGGGUUUUCCAGCACGGCUGAUCCUCAGGCGGAACGGCGCUGAAAAACAUAUCCUCACUGUAGAAGAAGGACACCGCUUGCUGAAAGAAUGGAACGUACCCCAGCCAACACCGACCGGCGGCGAUGUGCAGAUCCCACAACGACGCUCCCCUGCACGGAUAUCCAGAGACUGGAGUACAGCUAAGUGACUUUACAGAGCACAGCUCGACACGCCAACCUCUAGCCGUUCCUACGGCUUAAUAAUAACCUUUUACACCCGAGAUGCCCUAACUUGAUUUAAUCCGCACCUGUAUUUUGUGGUAACAAGUUAGGAAACACGUCAUGUUGAUUCCCCUACCGCAUAAUUUGUUAAUUUCACAAAGACCACUCACGGGUAGCACGUUAGCUAAAUACCCGCGCUAUACAGAGUCCCUAUACCCACAAUUAGAGCCUCUUGCAGGCCCUCUGGUCCCCCCCAUCAGGCCAAAGAUGGCCUCCUAUACGCCGUUUGUACCCACCAGUACCACCCCUGACGGCAAUGUGUAUAUAGUUCAAAAUGUUAUACUGUUUUUAUUGUCUAUGUCUCUAUAUGUUAACGUGUCGCUAAUGCCAGACCUCACCAUUACCGACUACCCAACCAAGGGGCUAUACACACGGGUCACACCCAUGUCAUUUAUAGCCAAAGCCCAUGGUACCCUCCCCCCCACAGGCAGCUUCCCCACUUUAAAACCAGGUAAAUCACAUCUAAACAUGCUAUGGCCAUACCUGCAAAACCACACCACGCAACCAAUAGGGUGCAACAGGGAGUUCACUCUUAUGACAGAUAAGCAAUGGAGUGAUAAGUUACAAAAACCAAAGACCUAUAUAGCAGAUUCCCGAAACUACAUAAAAUGACCCUAACAAUUAUAUCAUUAAACACAAAAGGCCUCAACACACCUCACAAACGACGGCUAGCGUUGGAAGAAGCCAAGAAAUCCAAAGCCCAAAUCGCUUUCUUCCAGGAAACUCAUUUCAAAUGGGGCAAUAGACCCAAAUUUAACUCGGUCCUAUACCCCCACGAUUUUCACUCAUGUUAUAAAUCAAAAAAAAGAGGAGUAACCACUCUAAUUAGCAAAGAUGCAUCCUUCACAUUGGUGAAAAAAAUUGGUGACAAACACGGUAGAUACCUAAUCAUUCAAUGUUAUAUCAACAACAACCCAUACACACUGGCCAACAUCUAUGGACCAAAUGACAACCAACACGAGUUUAUGGUGAAAAUAUUUGGCUUACUUUCAUUAUAUCGCUUCGGAGAUACCAUAAUUGGAGGGGACACCAACUUUUUGCUAAAUACCUCCAUAGACACAUCCACAUACCACCCAGACCAUCUGAAAACAACCAAACGACUAACAACCCUCACCUCCAAGAUUGCACACACCAUCCUCGCACACGACUUCGUAGACCCCUGGAGGAUACUCCACCCCACUGACAAAGAUUAUACCUUCCACUCUGCAGUACAUAACACAUACACAAGGAUAGACAGAUUCUUGAUAUCUACCAAAUACAUAGACAGAGUCCAGACAGCAGGAAUAGGCCUCAUAACGUGGUCAGACCACGCACCUAUCACACUGUCCAUCCAAGAACAACACAUGUUCAAGGGAAAAGGCACCUGGAGACUAAAUGAUACCUUGCUCGCAAAUCAAGACAUAGUAGCCAACAUACAACACGACAUGGACAUCUACUUCAAAGAAAAUGCAACGGAAGGCACGAGCAUAGAGACACUAUGGCAAGCACAUAAAGCAGUCAUCAGAGGCACAAUUAUUAAAAUAGCCAGUUACCACAACAAGCAGCGUAGGAUGAAAUACACAAAACUCAUACACGACAUCGCAGAUCUCACACACAAAAAUAAACUACAACCCUCCAAAGACACACACACACAACUAACCUUGCUACACAAAGAUCUCCACCAACUAGAAAUGGAGAAAACCACCUAUCUAUUGCAGAGAUACAAACACAAGUUCUUUGCCACUGGAAACAAAGCUGGGGCCCUAUUAGCCGCACAGCUUAAAACCAAGUCACAAUCCUCAAAAAUAGCAUAUAUACAAAAUUCCAAAAAACACAAAAUAAUCAACCCACAAGACAUAGUGAAUGAGUUUGCAUCCUACUACAGCUCCCUGUACAACCUUAAAGAUGAUCCGCAGACAACACCACCCUCCCCCCAAUCUAUUAUAGACUUCUUACACUCCACAGAUGUCCCCAGUCUAAGAGCUGAAGACAUAGCAACUCUCACCUCCCCUUUCACAGUAAGUGAAGUGGAAACGACUGUCCAUGACCUACCCAAGCAAAAAGCCCCAGGACCAGACGGCUUUUCCAACCUAUAUUACCAAACCUAUGCCAAAACCCUCAUACCCCACCUGACGAACCUCUUCAACUCCUGCUACACUUCAGGGCAAAUACCCAGGGACAUGCUAACGGCCCACAUAUCGACGCUCCCCAAACCAGGUAAAUCACCAACAUUAUGCCAAAACUUUAGGCCGAUCUCCCUUAUUAAUGCAGAUGUCAAAAUAUACGCCAAGCUCCUGGCCAAUAGGCUAUCCCGAAUUCUACCUACACUGAUACAUAAUGACCAGUCUGGGUUCAUCAAAGGCAGACAAGGCUCGGACAACACGAGAAAAAUCCUAAACAUACUAUCACACAUGCACAAAUCACAAACGAAUGGUCUAAUUUUAGCCCUUGAUGCCGAAAAGGCCUUCGAUAGGGUCAAUUGGGAAUAUAUGCAACAGGUCCUCCGCAGGUUCGGAUUUCCGGAAGGCCUUAUUGUAGGCAUCAUGGCCCUAUACAACGCCCCACAAGCGAUAGUAUCCAACUCAGGCUUCUUGUCUACGCCCUUCCAUAUUACCAACGGCACCAGACAAGGAUGCCCUCUGUCACCGCUUCUCUUUAUACUAUCACUAGAACCCCUAGCGUAUAAAAUCAGACACCACAGCUCGAUCACAGGUAUACCCAUAAAAAACCACACAUAUUGUCUCUCUAUGUUUGCGGAUGAUAUUCUGCUUACAGUCAAAGAACCGGAAAAAUCGGUGCCAGCACUGAUACACCUAUUAGACCAAUUCGGACAACUAUCAUACUACAAACUUAACCAGAGCAAGACUCAAGCCCUUCCAAUAAACCUACCGCAUGCACUGCAAGUACAACUCAAACAAGCAUUCCCCUUUGACUGGAGAACUAACGAUAUCACCUACCUGGGGGUAAAACUCGGGCCAUCCCCCACAACCACUUUUGAUCUUAACUUUAAACCCUUAAUAUCACAAUGCAUAACACAUACCCACCAAUGGAAAAAAGUAAAACUUUCCUGGCUGGGUAGGAUAAACUCAAUUAAGAUGUUGCUACUCCCAAAGCUACUAUACAAAUUUAGAAUGUUACCUAUCUAUGCUAACCCGAAGUUUUACAAACACCUACAGGCCAUAAUCUCCUCCUUUAUGUGGGAGGCACGUAAACCACGGCUAGCAAGCUCACUCCUCCAACAACGCACACAGCAGGGUGGCCUAGGCCUCCCAGAUGUGGCCAAAUAUCACAAAGCAUCACUCUUAGAAGCAGCAAUUAAACUCCACGCCACCAAAGGAACCUUCCAAUGGGUAGAUAUGGAGCACGCCACUGCACCUGGGGGUUCACUAAUACCGAUGCUAUGGACACCCCCGCAACUCCGACCACACACACCCCAUAUGUUCCAGACCUCAGUCCUCACGAUGAAACAAUGGGACAGCCUACAUCACUCUAAGAACAAGAGUGAAAAAUUCCACCCGAGAGCUCCAAUGGCAGCCCUGGGCUCCCUAGCCCCGGGAUUGACAUGGAGCUCCUGGAGGAAACAAGGCAUCACACACAUAGCGGACGCUUACCACAACCAACAACUUAUGCCCUUCCCGGACCUCCAAAAGAAAUACGGACUACCGAAUUCCUCCAUUUUCCAAUACCUCCAACUCAAAAGCAUCGCGGCCCAUAAAAUCCUUACACAAAGAGACACCACACCCCAUGACCACCACUUCCUAGACGCCAUACAUGACAGAUGCUGGCAGACACCCACCAAACCCAAGUCCCUCGCUCUAUGUUAUGCUUCACUGCUACACAACACCGCCACCACACACUUUCCCUACGAAAAACAAUGGCAAGCGGAAUACGCCCCCUCUCCAUCAGGAGACGCCUGGUUGCGCUCUCUUAAUGCACUUAAAGGUGUCACCAACUGCUAUUCCCAUGUGGAAGCCCACAAAAAAUUGAUUUAUAGGUGGUACCUCACACCCAGUAGACUUCACAGAAUAUACCCCACGGUCACAGCGGAAUGCUGGAGGUGCAAAACCACAGAAGGCACGAUGAUCCACAUUUGGUGGGAUUGCCCUGUCCUGCUACCACUUUGGCGACAUGUGGACAGCACCCUCAAAUCCUUAAAUGUCAAGAAUGUAACUCUCAAUCCAUCAGUUUGCCUAUUCUUACUAUUCCCCACACCCAUACCCAAACCUCUAAAACAAGUAGCUAUACUUACCAUAUUGGCGGCUAGGAACCUUAUCGCGACAAACUGGAAAAGUGACAUUUGCCCAUCCAGACAGCAACUGUUGGACAAACUCAAUCUAUACUAUACGUAUGAACGUAUGACCACAAAUUCCCCCAAACGUUCACAGGCUCUGAGAGAAGCCUGGACGCCAUGGGCCAACAUAUACGCCAACCAACAGCGAGUACCAGACCUACCCAUACCUAUAUAAGCCAACCCUUUCCCCGAACAUUAUAUGCUACUACCCAGAUCAGAGCUAUCAUCCCCGACCGCCUACAACACCCAAACGCUGACUAUGACAUUGGGCUCCGCUAUAAAUAAACAGAAACGCACCCAUAAAUAAAGGGAAACGCACCCACACACAUAUGCUCGCACUCCCCCCAAGGUAGACGACAAACACCAAGAUCGUAUGCGUUAGUGACACUAUAACCGGUUAUCCCCCAAGUUUGAUAAGACAUGUUACUACCCCCCCGAUUACUAACCCUUCCCUCACCCUGGUUUGGGCCAAAGCCCCGCACUAUUAGGUCAUCGUCACAAACCAAACCUGAGGUAAUCCAUAGGAUAUACGCAACUUGAAACCAGCUGUAUAGAAUAUUGAAUGACUUUGUGAUGUACCCCGCCCCCACCCCUCCCCCGUUUUCUUUUCUGUAUCCCACAUCCCAGUACUUUACUGAAAAAAAAUAAAAAGUAAAUUAUAAAAAAAAAAAAGACACAAUAGGCACCCAGACCACUUCAUCUCAUUGAAGUGGUUUGGGUGCAAUGUCCCUGUUCCAUUAACUCUCCAGUUUUAAUUAUUGCAGUUUCUGAAAAACGUCAAUAAUUACAUUAUUAUUAUUAUUAUUAUUAUUAUUAUUAUUAUUAUUAUUAUUAUUGGUAUUUAUAUAGCGCCAACUAAUUCCGUAGAGCUUUACAAUAUUAUGAAAGGGGGGGAAAUGUACAAUUACUCAGGAACAAUAGGUAGAUGAGGGCCCUGCUGAUUAGUCGGGCCCUCUGUCUGUGAUCGCGGGCCCGACAUCAGGAGGGGGCCCGGUGGCUUGCCCUGUAUGCUGCCGGGCCCCUCCAUCAGUCUGCCCGAGAGAGAGCCCACGACCUGCGGUCUGCAGCUCUGCCGGGUGCAGAGCUGCAGACUGUGUGAUAGAGGUCAUGCGAGCACCCAGAGCGUUACCAUGUUACUCUGGGAGCUUGCAAGACUUCUAUCACAUGGUCUGCAGUUCUGCACCCGGCGGAGCUGCAGACCGCAGAGUUAACCCCCUGGACCACCAGGGAGAGACACUGGACCACUAGGGAAUUUAAUAAAGGUAGGACACAGCCCCCACACCCUGCCCCCCCCCCCACAAUGUAUCCCCUUCUCUCCCUGCCCCUCCCCACACUGUAACCUUUUCUCUCCCGCCCCCUCCCCACACUGUAACCUCUUCUCUCCCACCCCCUUCUCACACUGUAACCCCUUCUCUCCCUGCCCCCUCCCCACACUGUAACCCCUUCUCUCCCUGCCUCCCCUACACUGUAAACUCUUCUCUCCUGCCCGCCCCCACACUGUAACCCCUUCUCUCCCUGCCUCCUCCCCCCACUGUAUCCAUUUCUCACCAUGCCCCCCAUUUGGGUUACUUUUGGGACUUUAUAGAAAUGUUUUUUGUUUUUUUCUGCCUGGAGAUAAUUGAGUCAGAUGCUGUAUUAAUUCAAUUAUCUCCCAGGCAGAGGGGAGGGAUUGUGUGCUGUGUGUGGGAGUGUUGUGCAUUGUAACCUUAUUCUUAUUGGUCUGUGAAUAUUGUUACUCAGUUCCCCACAUGGUCCAUGUGGGCGUACCCCUUGCAUGGGGAUUGUCAUAAUGGGCCAAGUGUGUCACCAUUAAAAUCAGUUCCUCUUCACCCUCUGGCGAUUGCUAUACUCCUUAUACUUCCCUGGGUUCCAACCGCUAGCUCUUAUAAGAGCUGUGCCUACUAUACUCUCUGGAGUAGGAGAGGCUCACCCACUGGAAGCUGGAUCCUGGUCUUGGGUCCAGCGUGGGUGGAGGACGGCGAGACCCCAACCAAGCUGCGGCAGUUUGUGGGGUCUACGGUACUUAUGGUGUCUGGUGGAGUGCUUGGAGUUUGCGGUGAGCACUAGGAGCAUCAAUUAACGGAGGCAGACCGGGAUUUCAGAGAAUGAGAAGAACCUGUUGAUGAUCAACAGUUUUAAAGGCAGCAGAAAGAUCAAGGAGAAUUAGGAUAGAGUAAUGGCCGCGAGAUUUAGCAGCAAUUAAGUCUUUGGAUACUUUGGUCACAGCCGUUUCGACAGAGUGAUGAGCGUAGAAUCUAGACUGAAGCGGGUCAAGCAGAGAGUUGGCUUUGAGGAAGUCUGUCAAUCUCGCAUUACACAACUCUCUCAAGGAUCCUAGAGGAAAAUGGCAGUAGCGAUAUAGGGCGGUAGUUAGUAGGGGAGUUGGGGUAAAUCCAAGUUAUGGUUGCAUGUUUGAAGGGUGAAGGAAAUGUGCCAGAGGAAAGGGAGAGAUUGACAAUUUUAGUGAGAGGAAGACAGAGUGCGGAUGAGAUAUGCGGGAAUUGGAUCGAGGGAACAGGUGGUGGGGCGGGAGGACAGGAGCUGAGCAGAAGCCACAGCAGAGGAAGUGGGGUUGGGUGAUUGUAUUAGUAGGGGAGGGACAGCUUGUGUUGCAAAGUUUGGGACAAGGUGGUAGGAUGAGGGAGAUCAACAGGGUGAAGAAGAACAUUAAAAGUGUGAAAUAGGCAUUUGUGUUGCCGGGACAGUGUGCUUAUGAGGGUAUUGAAGUAAUUUACUCUUGCAGAGGAAAGAGUCAGACUGUAGGAGCGCAGCAUAAAGAGGAAGAGGAGAAGAUAGAGCAUUGCUCAGACGAGUAAGUACUUUGAGAAAAGCAGAAUGAGUAGAAGUAAGGAGAAUGAGGACUGAGAGUUAGGGGUUAAAGGAGUGUGCUAAUUACAGGUUGAGUUUGCAGCUGUCAUUUCUAAUAAUCUAAAAUUGUAUGUGAGAUUCCAUCUAUAAAUGGAAGAGCUUGGGGUGGGCAACUGAAAACUCUUCUGGCUUCCAACAUUUUUUAACUCAGACUAUGAAAGACAGAAAUGAUGGGGUCAGAAAAGGCCUGCAAUAAAGCUAUGGAACAGAGAUGCACCAAUGAGGUGAGGAUUGGUCAAGCAAAACAUUCUGCUGGGUAUUAAUUAAAUAAGGGGGCGGGGCAGAAAUAACAGAGAAAGUCUUUAGAGAUAAGCACAAAGGUGAAUAACAUUUACGUUAAUAAACCAACAGUGUUGAGUAUGGCUGGGAACAAAUAGCUUUAAGAUGCAGGGCAAUAAACAUGUACACAUAGACAACUGUGUGUAUGUAUAUAUUAAAAAACAAGCAUGCCCAGAUAUGUAACAAUGACCAAGAAAUGGAGAUUAAAGAUGCGUUGAUUCAUUGAAAGGUUAAGACUGCCUCUAGUAACUGUCGAUCAGAUAGCCACUAGUGGUACUUCCUACUUGUUAUGUGACUUUUGGUUGUCUGACGCUGGACACCCUCACGCUCUGCAAUGGGACAUUGACCAUUGAUAAAAUCCCCAUAGGAAAGCAUUGCAGCAAUACUUUCCUAUGGGAGGGCCUAAUGGACUCAUUGCGCGUGAGCAUUAGCCUCUCUCCCUCAUCAGGUGAUCGAGCGGGUGCAAUAGAGUGCACCAACUUUGAAUUCCUAGCACUAUGAUAUCCCUUUAAAUCUUCUGCAGAUUUCAUCAGAUUGAUCCCUGUGGGUUCGUGGCCAUGUACGCAAUGCUUUGAACAAUGUUAUUUACUCCUAGAAUUUACCAUAUUUAAACUUCACAGCCUCUCCUCUGUGAAUUUGACCAUCUCUGGGGCAUUUACUAAACUGACUGCAAAUUAAACCCCAAUGGCAAAAGUGAGGUUAAUUGCCAAUCUGUGAACGGAGGAGAUUUUUAUUUUUUAUUUUAUUUUUUUAGAAAUUUGCUAUUUUAAACAAAAUUAAUUUCAGAUGUAUUUGCUUUAACGUGGGAUUUAGUAAAUAAUCCUGUCUAAAUAUGUCUAUAACACUAGAAUCCUUCCCAGCCACCCUGACAAUCUGUGCAUCUACUGAGAAUCGGCCCCGUUUGCCCAGAGAGCUUGAUAAUCUGUUAGAUUACAAUUAUGUAUAUAGCGCCGACAUAUUCUGCAGUGCUGAACGUUAGGUAGAACAAGACCUACAACUCUUACAAAACAAACUUGACAUAUGGAACAGUAGGUGGAGAGGAACGUGCCUAAACAAGCUCACACGCUAAAAAUCUGGGACCUGAGCUGAGAAUCUCUCUACACCAUUUAACAAUAAUUAUUUUUCACAAAGAAAUGGUUCAAUCACUAAUCAUUGAAUUCGGGUUAAUUCACACCAUAUUGUAAAUAUUUACACACACAAGACUGAAAUUUGCCGUAAUUUCACUUUAACCCCCUUAAGGACACAACUUCUGGAAUAAAAGGGAAUCAUGACGGAAUAUAUCUGUCGUGUCCUUAAGGGGUUAAAGGGACACUAUAGGCACCAUCUUAUUGAAGUAGUCUGGAUGCAGUGUUCCAGGUCCCUUAACCCUGAGGGAUAACUCCACCUGUCCUGUUGAUCGCCUAACUGACGCUGGAUGUCCUCACGCUAUACACGAGGACAUCCAGCGUCACCCGAAACCCCAUAGGAAAACAUUAAGUCUCCCUCGAAGGCUGGCGUCGGUGGGGGAGGAGCGAAGGGGGAGCCUGAACCAGUGCCGAGGAACAUCAGCGCUGGAAUCAGGUAAGUGACUGAAGUGGGUUUUAACCAGGGGUGGGUGGGCACUAUAGGGAGCUAUAGUGCCAGGGAAACAUAUUUGUUACUAUACUUACACUUUAAAAAAAACGGGAUUGUAGCCGAUUCAUUUAAAAAAAAAAAAAAAAAAAAAAAAAUUCACAUUUUGCGAUUUCAUUUUCAGUUCACUAUAAUUUGGUAUUUAUAGCAAGUUAAAUUUGAAGAACAUUAGCCGUGAAUUAUUCGAAAUUUACUCUGUGGGAUUAUGUUCGUGCACCCCAGGAGUCCGCCUCAUAACUCGGAGACCCGUGCAAUAUUGAGUUUAUUUACUAAAGAGAGAACUGUUAUUAUAUCAGAGUGAAAUGAAGGUGUAUUUGAAUUUUUAGACCAAAGUAGCCAACAUGAGAAAUUUAUGCAGGUCAGCAAUGCUUCCAGUUCUGGUUUUAUUGGCCUUCAAUUUAAAAUUUGCUUUGAAUUCACGACAACUCUUAGUUUGCACAUUUCAGCUAUCAAUUUGCUUCCAAUGAUACAAGGGAUGGUCAGACCUAGCGCAUAUAUCCUCUUCAUCUAAUUUUUAACUUGCAUUCUAAAAACAUUGUAAUUUACUCAAAUUCUCCCUCAUUUACCUACCGUCUGAGAACACAGUUUGCUAAGUAUCUGGUGGAAAAAAGUUGCACAUUUUCACACAAGGAGCUAUUGUUCAGUCUGUGGCUUUAAGUACUCUCUCAUUGAAAUCAAGUUAGGCUGUAAUUAUUAUUAAAUGGAUAUAAAGAAGGAUUACUUUCUCCAGCCGGCCAGCUCAGCCUCUCCGCGGAUUUGAGAAACUCUCUUGGGAUUAGCUGACUGAUGAUUUUCUAAUGCAACAAUAUUUCAACUUUGGCCGGGGAUUUGCAAUGGGAAAGGGCGUGGAAUCUCGUCAUGCAGCGCCCAUUGAGCGAGGAUGAUGGGUUAAGUGUGGGACGCUUGGGCUUGCCGAGGCCGCUUGUUCUUCAAGGAGAAUUUGUCAGUUGUAAGCAGCGCUGUUGAAAAGAGGGACGCUGGCAUGCGAUGGCUGGGGAUAGCAUUGAAAUGAGUUGGCUUGCCUAAGCAGAUUGAAAGAAAUCUCAUGGUAUUUGUGUCAGUUAAAUUUCCAGCAGACAAUUGGAGAUGGCAGCACUCGAUUAAGUGAUGUAUAGUGCAGAAUUAAAGCCAACACAAAUUAGGGGCUCACUUUAAUCAAAUUACUUUUUAAAUGGCUUGGGGUGUGUAGGAAUGCAGCGUGGGUACAAGCUCUUUCCAUUGGCUGACGGUGGGAGCGCUUCCUGAUGGAUGGUUUGCAAACACGGCAGUGGAAGAGUUUACCAAACAAUUAGCAAAUACUGUGCUUCUUAUAACAACAUCUUACUGCAAUCCGUGUUCGGAAUUCAGAACUGAGUGUGUUUUAGAGCUUUUGUAAUUGUUAUAAAUGUGUUUGUUUGCACAUAUGUUGUCUUUGUGUGAUUUUGCAAUCUGGCUUCUUUAUUCAUUAAAACCAUACCUGCGGUGAGUGUACGCUGCAGACUGAGAUCAAAGGAUCUUUUAGGAUAUACUGAUAACUGCUCUGGAUGUAUCCUUUUAGUGAAUUGAAAUCCAUAUGGUAGAAAUAAGGCUAACAUAACCAAGUGGUAACACUAUAAUUGAUCGGUUAUAUAAUGUAGAGUAGAUCUGUUUUAAUAAAUCUAAAAAAAAAAAAAGUAUUAAUCCUUGAGGCAGAAAACAUUAUCAGUCCAUUAACCAACUAACUGUUUUUUUUGUUUUUUUUUGUAUCUUUUUCACACAUUAGUACCUUCCUGUUGGAAGUAUAAUCAUUCAUAGACAUUCUAAAAAAAAUAUAUAUAUAUUUAUAUAUAUAUAUAUAUAUAUACACUGCUCAAAAAAAUAAAGGGAACACAAAAAUAACACAUCCUAGAUCUGAAUGAAUUAAAUACUCUUCUGAAAUACUUUGUUCUUUACAUAGUUGAAUUUGCUAACAACAAAAUCACACAAAUUUAAAAUAUGGAAAUCAAAUUUUUCAACCCAUGGAGGUCUGGAUUUGGAGUCACACUCAAAAUGAAAGUGGAAAAACACACUACUGGCUGAUCCAACUUUGAUGUAAUGUCCUUAAAACAAGUCAAAAUGAGGCUCAGUAGUGUGUGUGUGGCCUCCACGUGCCUGUAUGACCUCCCUAUAACGCCUGUGCAUGCUCCUGAUGAGGUGGUGGAUGGUCUCCUGAAGGAUCUCCUCCCAUACCUUGACUAAAGCAUCUGCCAACUCCUGGACAGUCUGUGGUGCAAUGUGACGUUGGUGGAUGGAGCAAGACAUGAUGUCCCAGAUGUGCUCAAUUGGAUUCAGGUCUGGGGAACGGAUGGGCCAGUCCAUAGCAUCAAUGCUUUCGUCUUGCAGGAACUGCUGACACACUCCAGCCACAUGAGGUCUAGCAUUGUCUUGUAUUAGGAGGAACCCAGGGCCAACAGCACCAGCAUAUGGUCUCACAAGGGGUCUGAGGAUCUCCUCUCGGUACCUAAUGGCAGUCAGGCUAGCUCUGGUGAGCACAUGGAGGGCUGUGCGGCCCCCCCCAAAAAAGCCACCCCACACCAUUAAUGACCCACUUCCAAACCGGUCACGCACGUUGCAGGCAGCAGAAUGUUCUCCACGGCGUCUCCAGACUGUCACGUCUGUCACAUCUGCUCAGUGUAAACCUGCUUUCAUCUGUGAAGAGCACAGGUCGCCAGUGGCAAAUUUGCCAAUCUUGGUGUUCUCUGGCAAAUGACAAACGUCCUGCACGGUGUUGGGCAGUAAGCACAACCCCCACCUGUGGACGUUGGGCCCUCAUACCACCCUCAUCAGGCCCGGACUGGCCAUCGGGCACACCGGGCAAAUGCCCGGUGGGCCGCGGUGGCCAUGGGCCGAGGCCGGCAGGGGAGGUCUCAGGAUCUCCCCUGCCGGUCUAUGCAGGGCCGGCACUCUCCUAGCGCCACCCCGCUGUUUGCCACGACGGGCCGGUGGGGAGAUCAAGGAUCUCCCUGACCGGCCCACAUGCGGCCGCCGGCGGGGAGGGGGAGAGGGAGGGAGCCAGCCAGGCUGGAGAGAGGACCCGGCGGAGCUCUAACUUGCAGCUCCGCCGGGUUCCUCUCGCGAGAUCCGGCGCGUUGCCAUGGCAACGACCGGAUCUCGCGAGAGUGAACUCUAGCCUCACAGGCUAUGCGGGCUAGAGUUCACUCACCCACGAGGACCACCAGGGAACACCUCCACCCCGCCUCCCAGCGUGCCGGUCCCCCCCCCCUCCCAGGCUUAAGGUAAGAAGGGGGGGGGGAAUAAUGACUUAAUUACCCCCCCCUACACACACACAAUAACAUUUAUACAGCACUCUCACACCCAUCACACACAGCACUCUCACACCCAUUACACACAGCACUCUCUCACAGCACUCUCACACCCAUCACACACAGCACUCUCACACCCAUCACACACAGCACUCUCUGACACAGCACUCUCUCACACAGCACUCUCACACCCAUCACACACAGCACUCUCACACCCAUCACACUCACAGAGCACUCUCACACACACACAGCACUCUCACACCCAUCACUCACACACGGCACUCUCACACACAUCACACACACCGCACCCCUCACACACACACCGCACCCUCACACACACACAUACUGCACCCCUCACAUACACACAGAACCCCCCCAACACACUGCACCACACACAUACACAAUACUUCCAAAUAUAUAUAAUAUACACACUACACUCUUAAAGGACCACUCUAGCCACCCAGACCACUUCAGCUUAAUGAAGUGGUCUUGGUGCCAGGUCCUUCUAGGGUUAACCCAUUGUUUUAUAAACAUAGCAGUUUCAGAGAAACUGCUAUGUUUAUCAAUGGGUUAAGCCUUCCCCCAAAACCUCUAGCAGCUGUCUCAUUGACAGCCGCUAGAGGUGCUUGCGUGCUUUUCACUGUGAAAAUCACAGUGAGAGCACGCAAGCGUCCAUAGGAAAGCAUUAUAAAUGCUUUCCUAUGCGACCGGCUGAAUGCGCGCGCAGCUCUUGCCGCGCAUGCGCAUUCAGCCGACGGGGCGGAUCGGAGGAGGAGAGCUCCCCGCCCGGCGCUGGAAAAAGGUAAGUUUUAACCCCUUUCCAGAGCCGGGCGGGAGGGGGUCCCUGAGCCACAUAUGCAUCACAUUACACCACAAACACAACACGACUAAAACUGACCUUAUUACACAAUACCACACCAUGACCAGCUCACUCUACACACACGCAAUACCACAAGCAGGCUCCAAACACAUGCACAAUACUCUUUCCUGGCCUUUUGUCUCCUGGUAUCCAUUUAUAGAGACACCAGAGACAAGUUGCAAGGAAACACAGUGCAAGCAUGUUAUUAAAUUUGCUUGCACUGUGCAGAACAAAUACAGGACUUUUUUCUCAUGCUAGAGCUCUUCAGCAGAGCUCUGCGCAUGGUCUGCCCUGGAAGAGCAUUGAACCAACAUGCUCACUUUGAGAGGAGGCGUGUUUGUCAUUGGUGAUGACAAAACACACCUCCUCUGCCCCGCCCCCUUUUUAGUGGGCCGCUGUGUUAAAAAAAUGCCCUGGCCGAAUUUUUCUCCCAGUCCGGCCCUGACCCUCAUGGUGUCUGUUUCUGACCGUUUGAGCAGACACAUGCACAGGGCUCUGGCAGUGCUCCUCCUGUUCCUCCUUGCACAAAGGCGGAGGUAGCGGUCCUGCUGCUGGGUUGUUGCCCUCCUACGGCCUCCUUCACGUCUCCUGAUCUACUGGCCUAUCUCCUGGUAGCACCUCCAUGCUCUGGACACUACGCUGAAAGACACAGCAAACCUUCUUGCCACAGCUCGCAUUGAUGUGCCAUCCUGGAUGAGCUGCACUACCUGAGCCACUUGUGUGGGUUGUAGACUCCGUCUAAUGCUACCACUAGAGUAAAAGCACCGCCAGCAUUCAAAAGUGACCAAACCAUCAGCCAGGAAGCAUAGGAACUGAGAAGUGGUCUGUGGUCACCACCUGCAGAACCACUCCUUUAUUGCGGGUGUCUUGCUAAUUGCCUAUAAUUUCGACCUCUUGUAUAUCCCAUUUUUCACAUCAGCAUGUGAAAUUGAUUGUCACUCAGUGUUGCUUCCUAAGUGGACAGUUUGAUUUCACAGAAGUGUGAUUGACUUGGAGUUACAUUGUGUUGUUUAAGUGUUCCCUUUAUUUUUUUUGAGCAGUGUGUGUGUGUGUGUGUGUGUAUAUGUAUGUAUGUAUGUAUAUAUAUAUAUUCUCUUAUAUUAUAUUCAUUUUUAUUUUAUUUUUUUUUAAUUCAUGAAAUGUUUCUGUUAUUUUCCAGGCUGGCUUUAUUCGUGUGGAUCAUGAUUAUGUUCUUAAGUCGGCACAGUUGGCAAAAGCAGGUGGAUGCAAACACUUCAAUUUGGAGUCCUCUAAAGGGGCUGACAAGGGGAGCAGCUUCCUGUAUUUGAGAGUCAAGGUGAGACGCUGAUAGGAUGAAAGAUUUUUUUACCUUUUUUUAUUUUUAUUUUUUUUCUUCCAAUAUAUUCUAAAACUAUUUUACAUGACUGCAGUAUCCAGUCAUUGCACACUUAUUUAACAUUCCCCCAUCAUUCAUAUGAGCGGAUUUACAAUAAGAGCUGUGCUUAGAAGCUGCCACACGUUUAAGGGCUAUUGAUUUUGUUUAACGGGCUGUUGGGUUUUUAAAGGAAAAUAUCCCUGUGGACCAAUGUAAACCAAAUUCCAUUUUGUAUACUUUAAGGGGGAGGUUGAAGCGGAGGUCGGAGAGCUGGACUUUGAACGCUACACGAUCUUCAGACCAGCGUAAGUCUGCUUGGUAUUCCAUUUACCUGUACAUUAUUAAAUGCAGAUCUCAUUGUUCUCUUUACUGAACAGUCACUACUACGGUCUAACACUCCAAUGGAAUUUAAAAAAACUUAUUUUUUACUAUUUAGUAGAUACACCUCCAAUGACAAUGCAUGUAUUGAAUUAUAACUUUUUUUUUUUUUUUUUCAUUCAGGCUUUAUGUAAAAACAGCUUGCAGAUCUCUUGCCUGCAGCCUUUGUAAGCCCUUAACUACUAACCCCGCCCAGACUUUCUGUGGCUGUCCAAUCACAGACUUCCCAAUGCAGCUCAAUGAGAAGUCUUUGCAAGGCAGGUGCUCUAAGCAAUUGCUGCCUCUUGAGUUUAGCUUCACUGAGCUAACCAAACCAGGAAGUAACAGGACUGGUUGUCUUGAUUGACAGUUGGAGGGGUGUGACAAUGUUUUUCUAUGGAAAUCUGCACUUUAUGUAAAAUUAAAAAAGUAGACACACUUUUCACAUACAAAGCACUUCCACAAGAUUAAAAAUGAACUAUAGUACCAGGACAACAAAGGUCGUUACUUUUGUCCAACUGUGAGGAGAAUAGCACAGUGCUGGUGUACAGGUCAGGUUUAUGGAGAUGUUGUUGCAUUUAAUUUUUUAAGGGCAGAGGCAAUAAUCUAAACACCAAUAGGAGCACUCUGACAUUGAAAAUAAAUAUUUUUAACACCAGUGUUGCUUUAUAAAAGGCAUCUGUCUUUCUUUUAAUAGUUGAUAUGUAGCGUAACACAGUAAAGGAGUUUAAGCAUGCGUGGGAUAGGCAUAAGGCCAUCCUAACUAUAAGAUAAGACUAGGGACUAAUGAAAGUAUUUAGAAAACUGGGCAGACUGUGAGGGCCGAAUGGUUCUUAUCUGCCGUCACAUUCUAUGAUUCUAUGUUUCUUAGUGUAAAAAAACAAACUUUUUUUUUUUGUCUCACAUGAUCUUCUUUGCUUUAUUGUAGAGUUCUGCUGUGCGAUAGAAAGGAGUCGCGUCCCACAGAAUGGAUGACGAGGAAGGUUUUAGCUCCAAUAGCUUAUAUGUUCCCAAGCGCUCUCUCUGUGCCUGUUAAGGUCCUGGCAAAGGCAAUGGUAAAUAAUGUGGUUUUGCAAAGCGACCAGAAGGCAGAACUGCUGGAAAACAAGGCAAUACACAUGCUUGGGAACAUGGAGAAGACAAAGGGUUAAUGAAAUGUGGUCCUAAAACUUAUAAAGGUUUACUGGUUUAACCCCUUAAGGACACAUGACAUGUGUGACAUGUCAUGAUUCCCUUUUAUUCCAGAAGUUUGGUCCUUAAGGGGUUAAACAGGAAGUGCGGAGAACAGACGAGAGAACUGAAUUUUAGGGAAGAAUUGUGAAGCUUUAAAAAUAGCCAAAGAUUGAUAAAUUUUCCUACUCGUUUUUUUUUUUUGCAUAAAUUCGCAAUUUCCCAAGUCCAUUCUCCACAAUUCCCAAUUCAAUGAAUAAAUCCCAUUGUUUCCACAAACUUUUAAUAGUUUGUUUCAGAAUAUUUACCAAAACCAGGGCUUCAAAAUGCUGUGUUUUUAAAAAGACCUCAGUUUAACACUGUGCUUUUAUAACGUGCAUGGUAAAUAAGGGAUUUUUUUUUGGUGUGUGUGCAAAAUGCAACAAUGCUAAUGCAAGUACUGUAAUUUUAUAUAAUACAAUGUAAUUCUAGCACGUGAAUGUAUAUAUGUAUGUAAAAUAUAUACAUACACCUACCAAUCCCUUGCAAAGCUUUAGGAAAAAAAAAGUAUCACAGUGUACCCAUGUCUACGCAUAUAUCACAAUACACAUAGUUUCUCACAGGUCUUCUGAAACAAGAUGCAAACCAUUAUACUAUUCACAGUUCACUGCAAGGUUUUGGACCAAUACACUGGCCUUCUUCUUUGUUGCCAUAUUUUCUAUAAUAGUGCCUUUAUUGACUUUUUUUAUUUUUUAAAAAUAUACUUUGGGAAAAGGGUGUUUAAAAAACAUUUAUUGGUGACUCAUUUUUACGUUUCCUACUAUAAGCUAUUUUUGUAAAAGGAAAAAAAUGUUUAAAGUAAUCAUUUUUGUAACAGUUUUGUAUUUAUUUUUGCCUUGACUAACUAUCCUGCUCUGGUGUAGGUCACACUUCAAGUCAUACCCUCCUCUCUCGGUGAAUGACUUUAAAAAACAUUAUACUAACAUGCAGAUGGCAAUGAUUUUUGGCAAAAGUAACCGGCCGUGAUGCCCAAACCAAAACUGCAUCCAUCAUUUGACUUAGAACUGCCCCAUGGCAAAAAGUUUGCCCAAAAAUGUCUACAACCCAAAAGAAUGAGGAAGAAAACAUUACUUUUGGAAGAUUUUAAUUAUUUUAAUGUGGAUAAAAAGCAAGCUAAAAGCUUUGCACCAGAGGCUAUAUUAUUGCAAAAGAAUGCAUUGCUUAAAGCAGUUUUAAACAAAAUAUAAUUGAUCCCAAAUAAAAACGAAUUUGUAUAUUUAUGAGGCACACAUCUUUAAAUAAUCAAACGUGAAUAGACACUCAUCCAAACUAGUAUAAAAUAUACAAAGUAAAAAGGCAAGCAGUAGAAAAAGAACUAUAUUUGUUUUAAAGAAAAAAAAAACAGGUAGAAGAAAAUAUAUAUUCUAUAUUUGUAUAAAGAACACAAAUAUCUGAGGACCCAGUUAAUUAUAAAUAUUUGUAGGUUUAUGUUGGAUACAUAGUUUCAGACACUGAAAAAAAUGAACUGGUUUGAAUAUCUUUAGGAAAAUACUUGAAAUCCACGGGGUUUAUUCACUAAGCUAUGAAUUACCAUUUAAUAGAGUUGAAAAUAAAAUGUCUACACUGGAAAAUCGCUUUACUUCAAAGGUUUUGACCUUCCAACCUAAGUUUAGCAAUUUGCAACUACACACCUUUUUAAUGUUUAAGGAAUAAUCAUGUGUUAGUAUGAAUUUUUAUUUAUAAAGCACCAACAUAGUCUGCAGCGCAGCAUGAAUGUUCGGUCCCUGAACGGUAGACACAGGAGCGGCAACUUUUAUGGCCUUAAACCAGUGAAAGUUUCACAUUAACCUCUUAAGAACCAAGGAUUAGCCAAAUCCUUUAAUAGCAUGACAUGCUUCGUAUAUAACUACAUUAGGACAGGGCAGACUAAUUAUCAUUUGGCCAAACAGUGCCAUCUAGUGGAGUGAUGCUUUAUGGCUAGAAUAACUCUCCCAAUGGCAGUCCAAAUUUGGUACCCUUGCUCUUAUAAAGCUCAUACUGUUUAGAUCUAAUGGCACAGUUUCAGCGGAUGGAGCAGGUUGUAAGCUCUGCCACAUGUAGGUGACACUGUAUUUCACAAUCCCAGCAGCAGAUAUAAAUCCACUCACACAUAGAACAGUUAACACUUUACAGUGAAUUUCCAACCUAUUUGCAAAAUGUACAUUUGUCAUGUUACAAAAAUUCACAGUUUAGUGAAUAAAUCCCUUAAUUUGGCUUUAGUAUAUGACACCUAACAGUAAAUUCAUAACAGCGCUAUAAAUACUGUUUUUUGGUGUAGAAUUGUUUUUUUUUAAUGAAGUAUUUGGUGCUUCAAGGGAUUAUUGAUGCUAUAUUAUAGAAUGUAUUUAAUGUAUAUGAAUAUAUAUCAAAUAAAAUUGAAUUUGCAUGGAACCUA